CUUGUUGCUUAUAUUCAGUAACUGUUCCACAUUACAGGUAUUUUGAAUAUAUGGGCCCACUUUUGUGGCCCACCUAAUGAUUGGUUUAUUUUAAGAAUCGGCCAAAAUAUUUAUUUAUAUGGGCUCAACCCAAAGGCAUACUUAUGCCAAGUUUUUAAUGUGAUUUGAAAUUAUUAGAGCGAUUCCAAGCUCCAAGCUUUGUUUGGUAUGAGUAUACAGUUUCUUACCUGUGAACACUUUACAGUUACCCAAACAUAAAAAAAAAUGUUUACCUACAUGUUGUUUACAACAUUCAAGUCACUUACAUCUGAAACUCAGUCACAACUUAAGAAGUUACAAGAAUCCAAAGGUUUGGGAAGAAAUUCAGAGUUUGGUUGCAUGUUUUGGGUGUGAGUCUCACAAAUCCUUGUACUUUGUGACCUUCAUCAUAGUAUCUCCUAGAUCAUCUAGGACCACAUGCAAAGUCACUCUCAUGGUGAACCAUGCACAUUCUUUUGUGCUGUUCAUUGCUUUAAUUUUCUUGCACUCAUGUUUUCAUUUUAACAAUAGUUGUAAUCUUGCACAACUCAGGUAUUCCUGAAAUUAGGGCCAUCAUAUUUCUUGAAGAGAACUGAUCCCCCACUACCCUUUUUACAAGCAUUUUUGGUGAAAAAAUAUAUGAUAUUUCAACGGCAAAUUUGGAAAUGAAAUUUUCUUGAGGUAUAGAAAAAGGGUUCUACUCACAACUGGUUGUAGGUGACAAGUCCUCUUUCUUCUAAUUGAAAAUGGGUCUGUGGUAUUUGAAUGUUCUGUUGAUGAAAGAAUAUUAACACUCUUAUGGAAUAUUCUUCAUGUAGAACAUGCAAAUAGAGGUAGAGACAUGGAUGACACAUUGGCUGUUCUGUUUUCUGUUAUCUAUGUAUUUCUCUGGCCUUACUUGACUAUUUGCUCUUUAUUUGCGUGUUUCUUGUCCUUCAAUGCUAUUAGUAUCUUUUCUAGCUGAUUAGGUGUGCUCUUUUGUACUGUAUUUUAUCUUUUCAUUCUAUUUCCUUCUUUGAGCAUGUCAGACGCAUGCUGCCUGUGUCACUGGGGUAAUGUUUAGAUGCUAUGGGAUUUGAACAGAAUUAUGAUGCUACCUACCUAUGAUUUCUGACCCCAUUUCUCUACAAAUUUCCUGUUUAUAUGUGGAAAUGUCUCUGCGUUAUUGGUUCUUCGUCUUGCUAGUGGAAUGUCAUUCCUCCGUUGUGGGGGAAUGAGCGAAUUAAAAUCAGGAGAACACGAGGAGAGAGAAAGCUACAUUGUUUGUCAGAAGACCAACAUAUCUGUCCUUUUGUUCGGAAGCUGAUGUGCUGUUAGUACAGAAUUCAGGGCAUGCCAUGAUGCAUGAUUGCUCAGACACAAACAACUCUCAACUUCUACAUCCAAGGCACUUGGUGGAAAUUGAAGCCAUGCAUAAUCAGAUUACCUUCUAGCUGAAUGGGGAGUAUUACUGACGUCGAGCAAGCGCUGCCAUGUUCUUUUGUUGCAAAGGUACAUAGUGUAAUGUGCAAGGAGCUGACAAAGGUUGUCGAUAGGGUCACACAGAUAAUUCCAUCAAUAGAAUCAGCUCGCCCAGGAUGCAAUUCUGGAAUACAGGCAUUGUGCGCUUUAUACAAUGCAGUUGAGAAAGCCAAGUUCCUUCUUCAGACAUGUGCAGAGUCUAGCAAGCUCUACUUGGCAAUCAGAGGGCAAUCGAUUCAGUUAAGAUUUGAAAUGACUAGUAAGGAACUGGAUAUAAGUUUAAGCAAAAUUGAAGAUAUGGUUCCACAACCAUUAGCUGCUGAGAUAUCUGAUAUUGUCAAUGAUCUUCGAGAUGCAAAGUUUGUGAUGGAAUCUUUUGAAGAAGAGGCUGGCAGGGUGCUAAUUGCAUUGCUCGAGCAAGAUAAAUCUACAACUAAUUCAACAGAAAUUUCAGAAUUUGAGGCAUUCCAAUUUGCAGCUCUGAGGUUAAAACUUACGUCUCCUAAGGCCCUUUUGAUUGAGAAAAGAUCUAUUAGGAAGCUACUUGAUAGAGUCAGUGACACGGACCAGGAAAGGAGGAGUAUCCUGAAGAACCUCCUCCAUCUUUUGUUCAAGUAUGGAGAACUGCUUGGAUGUGAACCUGCAGAAAAUAUUGCUGCUCGAUGGAAAAUUUUAAUUUCAAGCACCAAUUCCUCAUGCAAUAGUGGUCCUUGUGAAAACCUGUGUGAGCCUAUUGGGCUAAAACUACAUGUGGAUUCUGGUUGCAGCGAAGAUCAUACUGAUGUGGGUAAUCCAGAUGAACCUCCUGAGGAACUCAGGUGUCCUAUUUCAUCAGAAUUGAUGUUUGAUCCCGUGGUUAUAGCUUCUGGUGAAACAUAUGAAAGGAUGUGUAUAGAGAAAUGGUUCAGCGAGGGUCAUGAUACAUGCCCAAAGACACAGAAAAAGCUGUCACAUCUUUCUUUGACUCCGAACUCUUGCGUGAAGGACCUCAUUGCCAACUGGUGCAGAAAGCACAAUUUUUCCGUUCCAGAUCCGUGUUCACAACCGAUUCCUGCAGCAUUUGCUCUGUGGAACAGUUCCUGUAGUACAUCCAUCCAUUGUUUUGGCAGCUCUAUUAACAACACGGAAAAUACACUAAUAGAUGGCAAAAGUUCAGAUUAUGAAAAUCAAAAUGAUAUUGGAAAUGCAUCGAUUAGCUCCUCUGAUGCUAGUAAUCUUUUGGAGUCAUUGGAUACUAAGAGCACCAAAAGCUUUAAUGAUGGCCACCAUCAAAUCUUCUCCUGGUAUGAUGGUUCUGACAGAUGCCAGUCUUUUGCGGACUUUAGUCACGAAAUGUACUCGAACUUGCUUUCUAAACUUGCAACACUCCCAUCAGAAGCUCAUCACAAAGCAGUGGAAGAUGUCAAGAUCUUUUUGAAAGACAAUGAGGAAGUCUGUUAUUCUAUGAACUGUAAUGGUUUUGUGGAAGCAUUGAUGGCGUUUUUGAUAAAUGCACGUGAACAGUCAGACAUAAAAGCACAGAAAGUAGGUGCUCAGAUUCUUUUGGCAUUUCUAAGUAGCAGCAGGAAUGAGAUGCCACCCUUAAAUGAAGAUGGAUUUCUCCUGUUGGCAUCUUUCCUUGAUUCUGAAAUGUUUGAAGAAGCUUUGGCAAUCAUCCAAUUGUUAUUAAGCCAUGGGUACUGCAAACCAGAAAUCGUGGCGUCUGGUAUUCUUCCUUCUAUCACGAAAGUUCUCGACUCCCAAGUCAAAGAAUUCCUGCUCCAGGCUGUUAAAAUCUUCUGUGACUUGUCUUCUUAUAGCGACAUUCAAUCUCACAUUUUAUCCUCAGGAUGCAUCUCAAAACUGAUUCAGCUUUUGGGAGAUGAUCAACUCGCUGGAAAUUGCAUAAGGAUUUUGCAAAAUCUAUGUGAUACAGAAGAAGCCAGAGUUGCGAUUGCCGAAACUAAUGGAUGUAUUGCUUCCAUUGUUGAACUGAUUGAUGCUGGAACUUAUGAAGAACAGGAACAUGCAGUUUCUGUUCUACUUUCACUAUGUUCUUACAGUUCUGACUAUUGCCAAUUGGUCAUGAAAGAAGUUGUUAUCCCGCCUCUUGUCAGUUUAUCCAUCAACGGGAAUGUCAGGGGGAAGGAAAGCGCCAUGAAGUUACUACUACUUUUGAGAGAUCUCAGACAUAAUGAUCAUCUGGACAGUUCAUUCUUGCAGAUUGGAUCCGUUCCUGAAUUAUCACAUGAUAUUGGAAGCUUAGGUAAAGAAAAACAACCAAAUUUCAAGACUUCCAGUUCUUGCAGAAGAAAAUUGCACAUAUUCUUAAAACAUAUCUUUGGCCCUGUUUCGGCAGGCAGUGAUAUGACCAAAGCAUUUAGAAGAGAAAAAAAUGCCAGGUGAAAAAUGUUACUACCAACCAGAGGUGGCACAUAGCCUAAAUACAAACAACAAUAGCAUCAAAAGGGAGUUACAAAGCUAAGACAAGCAAAGAGAAAAGAAACCCACACCCUGGGCCAAGAAAACAAUUAAGCAAUCCCACAUCCUCAGCCAAACAAUAGGAGAGCAGAGCUGGGACCCAUGAAAAGAUGACAAACAUGGUUAAAGUAACCACAAAAAAAUGAGGAAAGGAGGACGGUGACUCCCUACCUUGGAGUCGGAUCUGUUGCUGUAGGAGGGCAAAAUAACCAACAGUUGAUGCUGAUACACUGACGGAGAUUGUAAGAGGUCAAUCCCUGCACUUGCAAAGUGGCCUCAGCCAUGUCUAGCUGGCAUCCUAAACCAUAGUUCAAAAACCCGAAAACUUGAUUAAACUUGAUUGUUCAGCUAGCUCGAUGUGUAUUUAUUGUAAAUUGAAAUUUUUGGAAUGCAAAGUGAUAUUUAAAAUAGUUAGAUAUUAAUGUUAAGUAAAUAGAACAUAACUCAUACCAACAACA